CUUUAUCGGGUCACUUUUUUCCGACCCGAACUUUUCGAAUAUGUGUCAGUGCCAUUUCCGCCCCAAGAGGUUUUGAAGUACGCAAAGAAGAGAGACACCCAGCUAGUGCAGACCUCGCGCUGAAGCAGAAGGGACAAAAGUAUACUCUUUCUUCCCCGUCUACAGCAAAACUCGGUGGAAGAAGCACUAACACCUACACUUUAGCAGCCAUGGCCGAACAAACCGAAUCCCAAAAGGUCGAGGAAACCCUAAACCCCAAUGCACGUGACAAAAACCUCACCUCUGAGGAAGCCGCCUUAGAAACGGACUCCAGCGCCCAUACCAGCACAGAAUCAACCAUCACUAAUCACAACGCUGCUGAAACUUCGGCUCCGGCGUCCGACGUCGAUCGUGAAAAGUCCCUGGAAUACGCGGAUGAGUUGUUCCAGCUGGGAUACAAGGCAAUGAAAGAGAACGAUUUCAGCGAGGCAGCUGAGAGCUUUAGCCGUGCUCUGGAGAUCAGAGUUGCCAAGUUUGGUGAACUUGCUCCUGAAUGCGUCCACACUUACUACAAAUAUGGGUGUGCGCUGCUAUACAAGGCUCAGGAGGAAGCUGAUCCUUUGGCUGAUGUUCCGAAGAAGGAGAGUGAAUCUCAAGAAGGCUCCACUAAAGAUGGGUCUAUUAAGAAUUCUGCUGCUGAAUCUUCCACAACAUCCAUUUUAAGCAAUAACGAGCAGGAUGUGAAUUCGAAUAACCAGGAUGCAGCAUUAGAUGAUGUGUCGACAAAGGAAGACCAAGAAGAUGACAAGGAUAGUGAUGAUGAUGACGACUUAGCUGAAGGUGAUGAAGAUGAUUCUGACCUGGAUUUGGCCUGGAAAAUGCUUGAUAUUGCAAGAGCCAUUGUUGAAAAGCACUCUAGCGAUACUAUGGAACAUGUGGACAUAUUGUCAGCAUUGGCAGACGUUGCACUGGAAAGAGAGGAUUUUGAAACAUCUCUCAGUGAUUACAAGAAGGCAUUGUCCAUCCUAGAGCAGCUGGUUGUACCAGACGAUAGAAAAAUUGCUGAUUUAAAUUUCCGUAUAUGUUUGUGUCUGGAGGUUAAUUCUAAGCCUCAAGAAGCAAUGUCAUAUUGCCAGAAGGCUGCAUGUGUCUGCAAGGAACGAAUACACCGCCUCACAAAUGAAAUUAAGUCAGAAUCAAUAACCACUGCUUCUGAAUCUGAUAAGUCAAUUGCAGAUAAACAAGCAGAGAUUGACACGCUGACAGGUCUCUCAAGUGAGUUGGAAAGGAAGCUUGAAGAUCUGCAACAGUUGAUUUCGAACCCAAAAUCUAUCCUCUCUGAGAUUCUUGGAUUAGCAGCUGCCAAGGCAGGUGCUGGGAAGCCACUAUCAUCUUCACAAGUAAGUUCUUCACAGAUGGCUACUGCUAAUAGCAGUGGAGGUUUUGACUCUCCAACUGUUUCCACCGCUCAUUCAAAUGGAUCUGCUGAAGUCACGCAUCUCGGCGUGGUAGGACGAGGGGUUAAGCGAACUUUGAAUGCCACUGUGGAAGAAGCAAACCCAACGAAGAAACCAUCGCUAGAAACUUCCAAGGAUAACAGUGAUGCCAGGGCCUCUUGAUCUAAUUAGGUCUUUGGCCUACUAAUAUGUGGAGAUUUUAUUUGGAAAGCAGUUAUAUAUCUCGGUGUCUUUUGGAGUAAUGGAGAGAUAAACUAUGACAAGCUGCGCAGUUGACUGCCUAUAGGGGAUUAGUGCCAAUCCGUUAUUUUCCCCCUUAGAGUGGAUUCUUCAAGCAUCAAAAUGAUCAGUCAUUUGUGGUUAUCUGUUCCUCUUGUAGUAUAACCGUGGAUUGUUAUCACGUAUGUUGAACACGUUGGGUUCUAUGUGCAUGAGUCAUCAUCAUGCAUUAGUUAUCUGUCGCACUCGUACUAAAACCAUGGGUUUUCAAUUAUGUUAAGCACUAUAGGCUGUCAGAAUUUGGAGUUGCAUUUGUGCUUAAUGUUUGAAAAUGAUAUAGAUAAUAAAUCUGCCAUCUGUCUCGUGUCA